AGAUGCGUGAGGGAUUGCACGCCAUACAAGUUCACUGCACCAGAGCCCUCGCAUUAAAGAGCUUGCGAGCCUAGGCAGUUUUUUCGCCCUCAGUUCAAGCAGUUAUAAUUAUAGCACCCCGAGAGCAGGUAUGACAUUGCAAAUUAUAGCUUACUAAACACCUAAAUUUUGAGAUUUUAUUUUGAAAAAAUCCACAAAAAUUUAAAUAGUAAUCUUUUCGACAAAUAACACAGCAAAACACCUGAAUUUUGACAUUAUAUUUUGCAAUAAUCCACAAAAUUAGAACUAGUGAGUUUUUCGAUGGAUACCACUGCAAAAUAUAUAAUUUAUGAAAAAAUAAAGAUUAUCUCAAAUACUACAGUAGAACGUCGAUUAUCCGGGGGCGGAUUAAUCGGCGGGCGGCUUAACCGUGCGCAUAAAUGUGACAGCUGUUCAAACGUACAGCGAACAUUUGUUGCGAUAGUCAUGUGGGCAACCAGUUUUUUGUGCAGCUCUGUAGUGUCUAGUGGUGUUUUCGAAAUUUAUUUUUGUUCAUGAACAGUGGUUAAACCUAUAGUUAUUGAUUAAAAUAAUAUUCUACUAACGAUUUAUUGAUUGAUUCAAGAUGAAUUCAUCAUAAAACUAGUGAAUUUCAUAUUUUUCAUAUGAAUUUGACAUUUCUUGGACCAUUAUCCGUGCAAAUCGAUUAACCGGCAACCGCCCGGUCCCGAGCUGCCCGGAUAAUCGACGUUUCACUGUAUAAGAUUUCCAACAGAUGAUACCACUCGCAACCCUUGCAAUGUUUAACGGGUAGAGGCAGUGUAGCACCUGCUAGUUUUUAUCCACCUUGGUUUAGCGGGAGGAUUAAAAAUUAUACUGUCAAAUAAUAUAGCUGGUAGUGCCUCUACUGUAAUUUAUUUAUGUUUGAAUUAAAAAUUUGUAUGAAUAAUUUGUUGUUUAAUAAGCAUUAAUACAAGCAGAUAAAAGCGGAUAUUCUUCUCUAAGGCUCAACUAACUGCCUGCGUUCGUGUUCUUUAGCCACCUGUACGGAUACGGCCGCCGUUAUCAGCUGUCAUCGACGGUCUAUAUCGUAGCGGCCAAGGUCUCUACACCAGAAAACUGCCUUACGCAUAAGAAAACGUGGUCCACGAAAUCGUAUAAGAGCCGCUAGAGAACGACAUAAUAGAACCCUCGGUAUCGGCAUAUAACAGUCCAAUCGUGCUAGUUAAGAAAAAAGAUGGCAAGUGGCGUAUGGCUAUUGACUAUAGAGCGCUAAACCAGAAGACGGUAAAAGAUCAAUACCCACCACCGGAAAUAGAUAGAUGCUUAAAUACGUUAGAAGGCGCAAAAGUAUUCAUUAGUUUAGACCUGUAUUCGGGUUAUUAUCAGGUUCCUGUAGCAGAAUCUAGCAGGGAAAGGACGGCGUUCUUUACGCCUGAUGGACAUUUCCACUUCAAAAAAAUGCCGUUUGGACUAGUAAAUAGUGGAGCAGUGUUCCAACGUGCUAUAGAUAAGAUGAUCAAGGGCUUGAAGCAAAAAAAUGUAGUAGCGUAUGUGGACGACAUAUUAAUAGGAGCUAAGACCGAGCAAGAGGCAAUCAAGGUACUGGAAAAUUUAUUAUAGGCAGUUAAAGAACACGGAUUUACAAUUAACCUGAAAAAGAGUAAAUUUUUAAUGUCAAAAGUGGAGUUUCUAGGAGUAGAGUUAUCAAAAGACGGGGUUAAACCAGGAGAAGCUAAAUGCCUAGCGGUUAAGGAAUUUCCAACACCAUGUGAUAGCAAGGAGGUCCAACGAUUCCUAGGCCUGGCGGGCUACUUCAGGAGAUUUUUAGAGAAAUUUAGUAUAAUUGCCAGACCAAUACACAGUUUAACAAAAAAAGGUGUGGAUUUCAAAUGGGGGCGACAAGAAGAGGAAGCGUGUCAAGCGUUAAAGGCGAAGCUUACAGAAAGACACUUAUUAGCGUUUUAUAACAGGAACGCAGACAUUGAGUUACAUACAGACGAAUCGAAGGAAGGUUUAGCUGGGAUACUGUUAAGCAGAAGUGGGGUAAGAUGGCGACCCAUCAGUUUUUUCAGUCGGAAAACGACAGAGUCAGAGAGCAGUUACCACAGCUACGAUUUGGAAAUACUAGCAGUGGUAGCCAGUAUAGAACGAUUCCGACAAUAUCUGCUAGGCCGUCCAUUUGUGGUAAAAACGGAUUGUAGCGCUAUUGCGUCCAGCAACAAAGCUCUUUAUUUCGCGAAAUAAAAGUUGAAACUUCAGUUUUCUUAAUUCACUUUAACUGUAUUAAAAAAAUCACUGAACUUGCUUCUCUUGGCGCGAUGGUAGAAAGAGGUCGAUUUUCGUCUUCGUGCCCGUUUUAAAACUUCGCGCAAACCCUAUUGCGGUCAUUCCACUUAACUUGCGCAGGUUCAUCCGUUGCACGCGAAGCUCCUUCGGGAUGAACCAUUCCUACUCUCUCUAUUUUGCCCGUGUUUGCUUCGCCUGUGCUACCUGUCCCUCUCUCUUACUUCACCACAACGCAGCUGUCAAACUAGAACCGCUGUUGAUAAACAACAAGCGCGGUUAAAGAUACCUACACUAAACGCGAGAUGAACCCUAGGAUUGCAAGAUGGUUCUUAAAAAUGAUAUAUGAAUAUGAAUAUGAUUUUGUUAUCGAGCAUAGAGGUGGUAACAAAAUGGCUCACGUAGAUGCACUUAGCAGAGGAGCAGUAGAGCAAGAGAGAGAAGAGACCAUAGUCGCAGAAAAAAUAUUAGCUAUCGACAUAGAUACCGAAGACUUCUUAGCAACCAUGCAGCAACAGGAUGAUAAACUAGCAGGAAUAUUGAAAACAUUACAAAAACCUGCGACAACCAAUGCUGAAAAACAGAUACGACAAUUAUAAUAUAGAAGGGCAUAGAUUAAUGCGGAAGGUAGCACGAGCGAAUAAGUGGGUCGUACCAGUUAGGGUGCAAUGGAGGAUAGUGAGAGCAUUUCAUGACGAAAUGGGUCAUUUUGGAACCGAUCGGGUUUUGGAAAGUUUACGGGAAAAGUUUUAGUUUCCUAAGAUGAGAAAGUACGUAGAGGGAUACAUGGAAGCGUGUCCAAAUUGCGCAUACAAUAAAAAAAAGACUGGACGGCCAGAAGGCUACAUGCACCCGAUACCUAAGGAACCGAUACCAUUCCAUACGUUACACAUAGACCAUUUAGGGCCAUUUGUAAAAUCAGCAAGAGGGAACCAGUAUAUAUUAGCCAUGGUGUGCGGAUUCUCAAAGUUUGUAAUACUCAAAGCAGUAAGCUCGACCAAAACAGCACCGGUAAUACGAUUCUUAGAAGAGGUGUCAGCAAUAUUCGGAACACCAAGUAGAAUUAUUACGGACCGGGGCACAGCAUUUACAUCUAAAACGUUUGAGGAGUAUUGUGAAGCAAAUAAUAGCCAAAACAUUCGGGUAGCAGUAGGAUCUCCACGAGCAAACGGGCAGGUAGAACGGUACAACAGAACUAUACUGACGGCUCUCCGGUGCAUGGUAGAAGAAGAAAAUCGAAGAUGGGAUGAGAAAUUAUCGCAAAUACAAUGGGCGGUAAAUAAUAGCAGAAGCGCCACUACAAAACAGAGCCCAAGUAGCUUGGUGUUAUCGUACCACCCCAGGGAUAUGCAUCGUAAUAUCAUAGCUUUAGUUCUCCACGACGAGGACGAUAAUAAAAUACAAAACAUAGAAGAGAGAAAACUUAAAGCCGUGGAGGAGAUAGACAGAGAACAACAAAAGCAAAAAAUAGGUUUCGACAAACGGCGAGGGGCACCCAGCAGGUACAAUGUAGGUGAUAUGGUGUUGGUAGAGAGGGAUAUAUUGGCCACGGGCGAGAGCCGUAAACUAGAGACACGAUACAAAGGACCCUAUUGGGUAGUGGCAGUGCUAGCUAACGACAGAUAUGUUAUCGAGGACAUACCAGGAGACAAAGGACAUAACCAGUGCUGCAAAAUGUCAUAAGUAUCACGAGAUUUUCACCAACGAAAACAAUGAACAUAUCCGUGGUAGCUUGAUGCUCAUUGCUGAUACUCUAUGAAAGUGCAUCAUGACAUGCCGAACAUGACAUGCGAGUGCUUGAGUUAAACGCGAUACUCUGACUGACAAGCUUAGCUUAAUGCCGGCGCAAGUAUAAUCGUGAUUUUUUUUCUGUGAACAGUGCUGCCAAAUGCCACUGUUUCAGUCAUCAACACUCAUGAUGUACACAACUGAGAUGAUCAGUGACUAUACUCAAACAGUUGGAGAAUCAAUCACAUGCUUGGUGACAUUUAGUUUAGCACCCAACUUUUGGUCACUCACUUGGUCACGACAUUGUUGUCGGCGAUAAUCACGACAUUCUUGGAAUAUACUCGGCGCGUGGGCUCUAGCAACCAAAUGAGCAUGCUUUCUCCCUCUAUCUGUUUUGACUACCUGUCGGGUCAAACAGAGCGAGAAAACAUGCUCAUUUUGUUUCUUCGAACCACUCGCACGCACCGCAUAUCUCCCGUGAUAAUCGCGAUGAUCACCGACUGAAAAUGACGCGACCGAGUGACUGACCAAGAGUUGGUUGCACACAAUGUCACCAAGCAUGUGAUGGUCGCACCAACUAUUUGAGGCUUGCCUCUGAUCAUUACAGUAGAGCUUGUGACGAUGAGAUGAUUUUGUUGCGGUCGGAAUUUGUCAUGACUAUGUCAGUGACAUUUUGCAAAACUGAUCACAGCAAAAAAAGUCGUGACGUAGUGAUUGGCGAAGCGAUGGUCACAAACAUGUCAUGAGCAUGUUUUGGUCACACCAACCGUUCUGAGUAUCAUCUCUGAUUAUCACAAUUGAGUACGUGACGCUGAUAUAGAUUUUGUUUCAGUCAGAUUUUUUUGUGACAUUGACAGUGACAUUUUGCAGCACUGGACACAACUACCAUUGCAGACCACGUAUGCGGUGGAUAGACUGAAAAAAUGGAGAAGUGUUCAAGAUUUAGAAUUCGAGGGAAGUGUAGGACAGGAAAACGGCACAAAGAAGCAUACGCGGAAGAAAAAGAUAAUAAUAAAUAAAUAAAGUACCGUUACAAUUGUUUGUGGCGUAAGGACUCUGACCUAUCUACAGUUACCUUCUUAUCAUUUAAAGUGCUAAUACCAGCAUCGCUCCGUACUAAAGCACUGAAUCCAGCAACUUGGCCAAGUGGCCUUCCGAUCCAGGAAUUUGUCGAUCGAAAAAACUCCAAAGCUCUACCGAGUUUUGUUAUGCCUUCACAAACAAAUUACACACCUGUUACCGGUAUGCCAAUCAUGGACGAACAACCUCCAGAAUGCCUGAACACAACUUUGAUCUACCCGGUACUAGAAUUAAACAACCUAAUGAAUGUUGUGGUGUUAAAUAUUCCGCGACUCAGUGCUAUGCACAACUACCAUUUCAUUUCGUUCCACAUUCAACUGUAUCGACGCACGCAGAGACCACUAUUGUAAACUGUUGUGAGCUAACCUGGACCGGAUGGAUUGCUACUAGUAACUCACCGUUGGCGCGUGAGUGAUCAUCGGUUGAUGUGUGCGUGCAAUCCAUCCGGGUCAUCGUUUGCGCGGUCAACGGGGUCGACCGGCGAACACGCCGGCACUUGGCAACUGGCAAUAUAGGAUAGCGCACGGAACGGGAACGGCGGGAAACAGUCUUAGUUUAUUUUACGUUAGAACGUCUUUUAUGUUAAUACAGUUUUAUGUUCGUUUAUGUUACAAACGCGUGUACCUCUCUGAGUAAUAAUAGCAUAGAAAGAAAGGAACAUAACAGUGGCGACGAGGAGUAAAAAAAAAACAGAAAAAGGCUUGUGAUUAGUUGUGUGCGAAUUUAGUGCUGUUCAUAAAAAAAAAUUACGCGACCGCGAGCAAAGCGUAGAAGGAUGAACACCGGCGAAAAUGGUGCACCGGACUUCUCUAUGGAAGUGGACCAGAGAAGAGCAUCUCUGCUGCGUGCGAGUGCGUUUGCCCCGUCGCAGCAUCUUUUGCCGCCCACCAGCGAAGGGCAAGCGUCGAUGGUGCAACCGCCAUCGCAGAAUGCAGCUUCGCAGCCAUCGCCAGCCGCAGUUCCAGCGCCCACCACCGAUUCGGCGAUGAUGAUGCAGAUGAUGCAGCUAAUGCAACAGCAGAUGCAGCAGCUGCAGAAACAGAUAGAGCAGCAGCAGCAGCUCAUUUCGCGUAUGCUGCAACAGCCACAGUCACUAUCACAGCCGAGCCAGACUGUUCCCUCACAGGCCGUUGCCCCCGGCAAUCCCGAACUCAUCAUGGAAGCGUUGUCGGGCAGCAUCAUGGAAUUCCGCUAUGAGGCGGAGUCGGAUAUCACCUUUGCUACGUGGUUUGCCCGAUAUGAGGAUCUUUUCGCGCAAGAUGCCUCUCGUCUUGAUGAUGCAGCGAAAGUGCGCUUGCUGGUACGCAAGCUGGGCCCUGCAGAAUACGCGCGCUACGCCAGCUUCAUACUGCCAAGUGUCCCUCGUGAUGUGCCGUUUGAUGAAACGGUUAAGAAGCUGACCGCUCUAUUUCUCUCUAACCCUCGUGAGCAAGCGAUAUAAAUGCUUGCAGCUGAUUAAAUCACGCAAUGAAGACCUGUUGUCGUUUGUCUGCCGCGUUAACCGCUCUUGUGUUAAUUUUCAGCUGUCGGCGAUGAGCGAAGAGCAGUUCAAGUGCUUGAUACUGGUGUGCGGCUUGAAGGACGAUGCCGAUGCAGACGUGAGGACGAGAUUGCUCUCCCACAUCGAGGAGAGAGCCGAUGUCACGUUGGAGCAACUCUCCGCUGAGUGUGAGCGAAUCUCCAGUCUAAAGGUGGACAGCGCCAUGAUCGCUACUCAGGCGGAGGAGAAAGUCCUAGCGAUACACAGUGCAAGUAGAAGUAAAGUGCAGCAACAGAAACAACAAACACAGGUGCGUAGAUUUCAGCAAGGGCAGCAGAAUCAGCAGCCGAAGAAUUUCGAGGGAACAAGCAAGCCGCCCAGAUCUUGUUGGUUGUGUGGCGAUCCACACUGGGCCAGGGAGUGCCCGUAUGCCCUACACAAGUGUUGUGAUUGCGGAAGAACGGGCCACCGCGAAGGAUUUUGUAACCAGCGGAAGAAGUGGUGGCCAAAGAAGAGAAAGUUCAACAAGUGGAACAAAAAUACACCGGUGGACACACGUACAGUUACCGUGAAUGUACACAGCGUGCGCCAUGCAAGAAAAUUUGUUAAUGUUUUGAUCAAUCGCUACAGGGUUCGCCUACAGCUAGACACCGGCUCCGAUAUAACUGUCAUUGGACGAAAAAUUUGGCAGCAGCUUGAUGAGCCAACAUUGAGACCGGUAGAAGUCCAUGCGAGAACAGCGUCUGGUUCUCACCUUCAGCUGGAUGGUGAAUUCUGUGCUCAGGUAACGAUUGGGGACAUAGCGAGGGUUGCCGUAAUACGGGUAAUAGCUUCUGAUUUGCAGCUUCUGGGAGCCGAUUUAAUAGAGCUAUUUGAGCUUGGUUCUGUACCGAUGGAUCAUUUCUGUAAUAGAAUCGAAGCUGAAUCUGGAAAAUGGGAGAGCCGAUUCCCCGAGGUGUUUAGCGGCACUGGACUGUGCACCAAGGCAAACAUCCAGAUAAAGCUAAAAGAAAAUCACCGUUCGGUGUUUUGCCCGAAGCGCCCUGUGGCAUAUGCGAUGCAAGCAACGGUGGAUAAAGAGCUCGAUCGCUUGCAAGGCUUAGGUAUGAUUACCCCAGUCAACUAUUCGGACUGGGCAGCCCCAAUCGUAGUGGUGCGGAAGAAAAAUGGCAGAAAAAGAAUAUGCGGAGAUUAUUCGACUGGCCUGAACGCUGCUCUCCAGUCAUAUGAGUAUCCACUCCCACUGCCAGACGAUAUAUUUGCAAGAUUGGCACAAUGCAAAUUUUUCAGCAAGACAGAUUUGUCCGAUGCAUUUCUGCAAGUCGAGAUAAACGAGCAAUAUCAUCCUCUUCUAACUAUUAACACGCAUCGCGGAUUGUAUCACUAUAAUCGUUUACCGCCAGGCAUAAAGAUCGCCCCAGCCGCGUUUCAACAACUAAUCGAUGCAAUGCUCGCUGGAUUGAAAUGUACUUCUGGGUACAUGGAUGAUGUAGUUGUUGGCGGAAGAACAGAACGCGAGCAUGAUGAGAACCUCCUCAAUCUUUUCCGUCGUAUAAAGUACUACGGAUUUACAAUCCGUGCGGAAAAAUGCUCAUUUAAAAUGAUGCAGAUUGAGUACCUGGGCUUUGUGAUCGAUAGACAGGGUCUUAGGCCAAACCCAGCGAAGGUCGACGUUAUACGCAAAAUGCCAGCACCAACAAACGUGAGCGAAGUUCGGUCCUUUUUAGGAGCCGUGAACUAUUAUGGUCGGUUUCGUAGUACAGUCGUCAACUCGUACGAUUUAACAAAAUGCCCGUCAUGGGUUCAAUCCCCAAAUAGACCGUGCCGCCAUACGUAGGACUGACUAUCCUGCUAUGGGGGGAAUCAAUUAGUCAUUGAAAGCCAAGCCCACAAGUGGGUAGAGGCAGGCCUUGACCGACAUCGGUUGUUGAGCCAAAGAAGAAAGAAAGAAGAAAAAAGAACUAUUAUGGUAAAUUCCUACCGAAGAUGCGAGAGCUCCGAUACCCGCUGGAUGAACUACUGAAGAACGACAGAAAUUUUGUAUGGACGCACAAGUGUGAGCAAUCUUUCAAAAGGUUUAAGGAGCUGUUAUCGUCUGAUUUGCUGCUCACGCAUUACGACCCAAAUGCGGAAAUAGUUGUGUCUGCAGAUGCUUCGUCGAUAGGUCUAGGCGCGACGAUUAGCCAUCGUUUUAUGGAUGGCUCCCUGAAAGUCGUGCAGCAUGCAUCGAGAGCCCUCACGAAGGCCGAAGCCAACUACAGUCAGAUCGACCGCGAAGGAUUGACCAUUAUCUUUGCUGUGAAGAAAUUUCACAAGAUGCUGUUUGGGCGCCAUUUUCGACUACAGACCGACCAUCGACCUUUGCUACGGAUUUUUGGGUCUAGCAAAGGUAUUCCGGUGUACACAGCCAACAGAUUGCAGCGAUUUGCAUUGCAGUUGCAAAUGUACGAUUUCAGCAUCGAGUAUGUGCAGACCGAGAAGUUUGGCAAUGCGGACGUGCUUUCGAGACUGAUUAAUGAGCACGCAAAACCGGAUCCGGAAUACAUUAUCGCAAGCGCUGAGUUGGAAGAUGACGUAAGAUACGUAGCAUUAAAUUCUAUUAAUAUAUUUCCACUCAAUUUUAGUGACGUUGCGAAGGCUACGGCAUCCGAUCCGGUGCUGCAACAAGUUUACAAGUACAUCAUGGAUGGGUGGCCCCAAAACAUCACCUACGCUACAGAAUUGGCUUGCUUCUACCACAGAGGCGAGGCCCUCACCACGGUCCGAGGUUGCAUUCUGUUCGGGGAAAGGGUGGUAAUCCCAACCAAACUUCAGCAGCGAUGCCUAAAACAGCUGCAUAAAGGGCACCCAGGAAUCCAGAGGAUGAAAUCCAUAGCUCGGAGUUAUAUCUAUUGGCCGUCAAUAGACGGAGAUGUAGUAGACUAUGUUAAAACAUGCCAUGCUUGCGCGAUAGCGUCAAAGUCCUCGCCACGCGAGAUACCGAUGUCCUGGCCGAGGACAAAGAAGCCGUGGCAGCGCAUUCACAUCGAUUUCGCCGGGCCGAUCGAAGGUGAUUACUUUUUGAUAGCGGUAGAUGCGCACACGAAGUGGCCAGAAGUGGUAAAAAUGCGAACAACAACAACCAGAGCAACCAUCGCAGUACUAAGAAGCAUUUUCGCGAGAUUCGGAUACCCAGAAACACUGGUCAGCGAUAAUGGGCCGCAAUUCGUCAGUGCUGAAUUUUCAGCGUAUUGCAGCAGUCGUGGUAUUCAGCACAUCACAACGGCGCCAUUUCAUCCCCAGUCAAACGGGCAGGCCGAGCGCUUCGUAGACACUUUCAAGAGGUCAACAAGGAAGAUUGAGGAAGGCGGAGCAACUCGUGAGGAAGCUCUUGACAUAUUUUUAGAAACCUACCGUACGACUCCCAAUCCGGCGCUAGAGAAUAAACAAUCGCCAGCGGAAGGUAUGCUUGGGCGAAAAGUUCGAACGGCUCUGGAACUGCUAAAACCUCCUCUUGCGGCACGAGAUGAACCGGCAGUUUUAGUUCAUAAACGUUUUCAGCGUGGUGACCGCGUUUAUGCAAAGCUGUUUGUGCGGAACUCGUGGAAAUGGGUGUCUGCACGAGUAAAACGGGAGCUGGGCAGCGUAAUGUACGAAGUGGAGACGGGUGAUUUUCGGGUACAUCGUCGACACGUAAACCAGCUACGUAGGCGUGAUUCACUUAGCGUGUGUGAAUCAAGCAAUGAUUCUGAAGAGCCAAGUCGUUUACCGCUAGACAUUUUAAUGGGCAGAGCAACAGCGGAAACGGUUGUUACACCAACGUAGCAGCAAAGCAACACAUCCCCUGCACAGCCGUCCCUGAGUCCAGUCCCUUUGGCAGUCCAAAGACGUCAGCAGCCGAUACGAUCGCCACGCCGAUCUUCUAGAGAUAGAAGGCUCCCGCGUCGGUUCGAAGGGUAUCGUCUUUAUUAAACAGGGGGAGAUGUUGUGAGCUAACCUGGACCGGAUGGAUUGCUACUAGUAACUCACCGUUGGCGCGUGAGUGAUCAUCGGUUGAUGUGUGCGUGCAAUCCAUCCGGGUCAUCGUUUGCGCGGUCAACGGGGUCGACCGGCGAACACGCCGGCACUUGGCAACUGGCAAUAUAGGAUAGCGCACGGAACGGGAACGGCGGGAAACAGUCUUAGUUUAUUUUACGUUAGAACGUCUUUUAUGUUAAUACAGUUUUAUGUUCGUUUAUGUUACAAACGCGUGUACCUCUCUGAGUAAUAAUAGCAUAGAAAGAAAGGAACAUAACAUAAACAAUGGUCAAACACUAAACCCGCAUAAUAAGGACCACCAUAUAUUACCAAAACACAACUAUAUUACCACAUUCAACUGUAUCGACACGCGCAGAGACCACUAUUGUAAACAAUGGUCAAACACUAAACCCGCAUAAUAAGGACCUUACCAUAUAUUACCGAAACGUUCAUGGACUACGCACUAAACUUGAGGAUGUUUACAUUGCUUCUAGUGAGCUUGAUCAUGAUAUAAUUGUUCUCACAGAAACAUGGCUUGAAUACUAUCGCAGCAGGUAAUCUGUGACAAAUACGCUAUCUAUAGAAGCGAUAGAAAUGCUAAUAAUAGUGUCAGACAGAUUGGUGGUGGUGUCCUGAUCGCUGUUUCCAAACGUCUCAAAUGCCUUCCUGUGCACACCAAUAUAACGUGUAUUGAACACUGCUGGGUUAAAAUCCUAUUGCCUUCAAGUUAAAUAUUUGUCAAUUAUGACUGCUU